GCCCGCUGUGCACCAUGUCGACCUCGUACGGUCCAGGCAGCAGCUACACCCAGUGGGACUUCAUCAAGGGCCACCUCACCGCUCGCGUCCCUGUUCCUGAGGCCAACCUCGACGGCCGGGUCGCUCUCAUCACGGGCGCAACUUCUGGACUUGGCUUCGCUGCAGCGCAGCACUUUGCUCGGCUCGACACGUCGCUUAUCAUCGUCGCCGCACGCAAUCCGGCAAAGGCCAAGACGUGCAUCGAGCAGCUGUACAAGGACGUGCCGACUUUCCGCGGCGAGGUCAAGACGGUCUCGCUCGACAUGACGAGCUUCGCCAGCGUGCGCGCCUGCGUCAAGGAGCUCGAGCAGUUUCCCCGCCUCGACUUUGCCCUCCUCAACGCCGGCAUCGCCAACAUGAAGCACGUCGAGACCGACGACGGCUGGCUCGCCGACAUCCAGGUCAACGUCCUGUCGACCGGCCUGCUCGCCCUCCUUCUUCUUCCCAAGCUCCAGGCGACCGCCAAGCUUCCGCAACCAACGAGCUCUGAGCCGGCCAACCUCAAGCCGCAGCUCCACAUCGUCGCAUCCGAGGUUCACUAUUGGGUCGCGCCGGCCACCGAGAAGCUCAUGCUCGACGCCGACCACACGCUCAAGCUCGUGUCGACGCCCGAGUUCCGCAAAAAGGUCCCGUUCAGCGAGAUCUACCAGGUCACCAAGCUGUUCGACGUCUACCUCGCGCGCAAGAUCGGCGCCCUCGACUCGGCACGAGGCGUUCAGGUCACAAGCUCGUCGCCAGGCCUGUGCAAGUCGUCGCUGCUCGACACGAUGGGCCCGAUCCUGUCUCGCAUCAACUACGCCAUCGCCUGGCGCUCCGAGUUCGGCACGCGCACGUACAUGCACGGCAUGCUCGACCCGCAGCCGCAGGGCGCGUUCGUCUUCAAGGGCAAGGCGCACCCUCCCUCGACGUUCGCCUGUUCGCCCGAUGGCGUCAAGCUCGAGAACAAGGUCUGGGAGGAGGCACGCGAGGUGUGGGAGGAGGUGGCGCCCGAGGUCAAGGAGGUCCUCGGCGGGCUGUGAGCGCCGGUUUGCGUGUUGCGAGCUUCCCCUCCCCUAGAUCUCGUCAGUGUCGUUCUCUCCGUCGUUCGUAGCAGAGCCUGAAUAGACUUCCUCGCCGUUCCCUCUC